CAGUUUAAAGUAUCGUCAAAACACGACCGAUAUUGCACCUCCAUAAGUAUUAAAGAUGAGACCGUUCUUGUUCACGUGUUUGGUGGCCUUAGCCACAGCUCGACCUGAACCUCCGGUAGGUUACAGCUACCAAGCGCCAUCUGGAGGCGCGUCCAUUGGUGGGGGUUACGCGGGUGGUUUCUCCUCCUCCCUAGGAGGCGGAUACUCUGGAGGAGCUGCCCUCGGAGGUGGCCAUUCCGGUGGUGUCUCUUUAGGCGGCGGCCACGGCGGUAGUCUCGGAGGAUUCGGUGGCUCGGCCUCUGGCGGAUUCGGCCAAGGCGCCGGCCUUGGUGGUGGUUUCGGACAAGGCUCUGGUAUUGGGGGCGGUUACUCCGGUGGAUUCGACGGUGGUGCCGGUCACGGGAUCGGAGGCGGUCAGACAGUCCACAAACACGUGUACGUCCACGUAGCUCCCGAAGAACCUCAAGAACACCAACCAAGGAAAAUCAUACCCGUAGCUCCCGCUCAGAAACACUACAAAAUCAUCUUCAUUAAGGCUCCAGCUCCUCCUACCCCGACCGCGCCAAUCAUCCCCGCUCAGCCUCAGAACGAAGAAAAGACCUUGGUCUACGUGUUGGUCAAGAAACCCGAAGACCAACCAGAGAUUUCCAUCCCCACUCCGGCCCCGACUCAACCAUCCAAACCCGAAGUAUACUUUAUCAGAUACAAAACUCAGAAGGAGGCUCUCGCUGCUGGUGGUCAUUCCGGAUCCGGAGGCGACAUUUCGGGGGCAUUGGGCGGUAUCGAUGGCGGCGCUAUUGGGGGCGGCGCUGAUUUUGCUUCCGCUCACGGAGCUUCGUUCUCCGGCGCCGGAAGUCUAGGAGGACACGGAGGACAGGAUCUUUCCGGGGGAUAUUCCGGCGGUGCUUCCUCCGGUUCCUCGUCCGGAGCUUCUUCCAAAUACGGCCCUCCCGGAUACCACAAAUAAGUAACAUUUUGUAAGAUCCAAAAGAAGUACGGGUACAUCCUCAGUUGUCGUUGAGAAGCAUCGUGAGCUGUGUGAGAUUUGUGAUACGCCACUUAAUUCGAGUUCACGCAAUAUUUAUGUAUAUAUUUCCUUAGUCAUUUUUUAUUCACGUUAGUUUGUAAGAAACGGUGACAAAUAAAUUUUUAUAAUAUUUUUUUAAUUG